GCCUAGCAGAGAUGUCCACAGAUGUCUGGGUAGGGUCUUGGCGACCCCACCGGCCAAGAGGACCGAUCGCGGCCCUUUACAGCAGCCCCGGACCCAAGUAUGGCCUUCCGACCAAUGUGGGUUACCAGCAGCAUGAUCCGUCGCGCUACCGGGCGCCAGCCUUCAGCUUCGGCAGCCGACGUUUCCAGAUGCUGGAGAGCUGCUCUCCUGGGCCGGGCUACAUGGUUCCCACCAACGUGACCAUGAGAGGCAAAAAUGGGAUCCCCGCCUUCUCCAUCUACGGGCGCCCCAGAGACGUGGCGUCUUUUCGGACCCCAGGGCCAGGUCGCUAUUCCCCGGAGAAAGCUGGGAAGUUGGCUUACCCGUGUGCCCCGAAUUACUCGCUGGCUUCGCGGACGAGGGACUUCCAGAACGACCAGACUCCAGGGCCCGCAGCCUACAUCCUCCCUCCGAUGAUUGGGCCCAAGGUGAUCGGCAAGAGCUCUGCCCCCAAUUACUCCAUUUUUGGACGCAGCGCCAUCGGCAGCUUCUAUGAGGACCUCAGCAGGACCCCGGGACCCUGCAAUUACCGCGUGGUGGACACUGGUAUCUACAAGAACCGUCCCCCACAUUACAGCAUCCUCGCCCGCAACAUGCUCCCGGGGGAUACCACGGUGAUUCCAGGCCCUGGGGCCUACAGUCCAGAGAAGCACACUCAGCUCCGUGGCUUGACCUUCGGGAUCCGCCACUCGGACUACGUGGCUCCUCUGAUUGUGGACGUGGCGGAUUAG